UACUCGUUAUUUUAACAACCAGCCUCCCACCGAACUUUUCUUAUUCACGUUUAAAUUUUCCAAUCCAAUAAUCUUUCACUUCAAUACCACCCUUGCAAUUCGUAUUUUCCAUUUCGGGUCAAAGCCCAUAACCGACCCCCGAAAAUGGCUUCGUCUCUAUCUACCAAACCUUUUCUCGGAGCUCCCUCAUCUUCCGAUGGAUUCUCCGGUCUCGGAUCGCUCCAGUCCGCAUCUAAGCUUCUCCCUGCCUCCCUGCAUCUUCCCGCUUGCCGUUCCCACCCCAGGCGCCUCCAGAUACAGGCUGCUGGUAAUUCAUUUGGCACUUACUUUCGUGUUACAACAUUUGGAGAAUCUCAUGGUGGUGGUGUUGGAUGCAUUAUUGACGGAUGUCCUCCUCAGAUUCCGCUUUCGGAAACUGAUAUGCAAGUAGAUCUUGAUAGAAGGAGACCAGGCCAAAGCCGAAUUACCACUCCUAGAAAGGAAACUGACACAUGCCGAAUAUCAUCAGGGAUUGCAGAGGGAGUGACUACAGGAACUCCAAUCAAAGUAGAAGUACCCAAUACAGACCAGAGGGGGCAUGACUACAGCGAAAUGUCAAAAGCAUAUAGGCCAUCUCAUGCUGAUGCAACUUAUGAUUUUAAGUAUGGUGUGCGAUCGGUACAGGGUGGUGGAAGAUCUUCUGCAAGAGAAACUAUCGGAAGAGUUGCUGCAGGAGCUGUUGCCAAGAAAAUUCUCAAGUUAAAAUCUGGAACAGAGAUUCUUGCUUAUGUCUCUCAAGCUCACAACAUUGUACUUCCUGAGGGUUUAGUAGAUCAUGAAACUGUGACACUUGAUGAGAUAGAGAGUAAUAUAGUGCGGUGUCCAAAUCCAGAGUAUGCAAAAAAGAUGAUAGAUGCUAUUGAUGCCGUCCGAGUGAGAGGUGAUUCUGUUGGUGGUGUGGUCACUUGCAUUGUCCGAAAUGUCCCACGGGGGCUUGGCUCACCUGUUUUUGAUAAACUUGAAGCAGAGCUGGCUAAAGCUGUUAUGUCACUACCGGCAACAAAGGGCUUUGAGUUUGGCAGUGGUUUUGCAGGUACAUUCUUGACUGGCAGUGAGCAUAACGAUGAGUUUUUUAUGGAUGAACAUGGACGCAUCAGGACAAGGACCAACCGAUCUGGAGGGAUACAGGGUGGAAUAUCAAAUGGAGAAAUGAUAAACAUGAGAAUAGCUUUCAAACCAACAUCUACAAUUGGUAGGAAGCAGAAUACUGUGACCAGAGACAGGCAUGAUACAGAGCUUAUAGCUCGUGGACGCCAUGAUCCUUGUGUCGUCCCACGAGCUGUUCCAAUGGUGGAAGCUAUGGUAGCCCUGGUUCUCGUUGAUCAGUUGAUGGCACAUCAUUCACAGUGUAUGCUUUUCCCUAUUAAUCCUGCAUUACAGGAACCAGUGGAGAUGGCAAGAGCUGAGCCAGUGGAAUUUUGAGCCACUGCAAUUUUGGUGGCUGCUCUUUGUGAUAUUGUUGUAACCUUUGCUUGAUUUCUAGUACAUCAACAGGAAAUACUUCCUGGAAAGAGUGCAAUUGUGGCAUCAAGUAUAAUAAAUUUUUUUGUUAUGAAAAUUUGCAAUUUUGUAUCAUGCAGAAACAGUGAACUUGAUUUAGGGAAGCUUGCAGUUAUUUUUAAGACAUUGCAAAUGUAUACAGGCUUGCUGUUGACUUGAGAAAGUAUUUCUUGCAUUUUCA